GGGGCACAGUCUCUGGUGCGCGCCGCUACUAUGCCCCCCCUUGGUGCCCCCUGGUGAAGUCCUGUUGAGCCCCACCGCGUGUCCUGCAUUUCCGGUUCCGAACAAACGACAUGGACGCGAUUUUUGCACCUCUCCGUUGAGGGAUCCCUCGUGCGAGGCCGCUUUCGCCUUUUCGCCACUUGAAUUUCAUCGGGUUUCAGAGGCAGUGAAAAGCGCCGAGGAACCGGCUUUCUCGGACGAGAGGAGGUCUGCUUGUCGUCGAAAAUGAUGGCGGGUGGACAGGAGCCAAAAUGGCAGAAGGACGCGGCAGACCAGAAUUUCGACUACAUGUUCAAAUUGUUAAUUAUUGGCAACAGUAGCGUUGGAAAAACGUCUUUUCUAUUCCGGUACGCCGACGACUCGUUCACAUCUGCAUUUGUUUCCACAGUUGGUAUUGACUUCAAAGUUAAAACAGUCUUUCGACACGACAAAAGAGUUAAAUUACAAAUAUGGGACACAGCAGGUCAAGAGCGAUACCGGACAAUCACGACAGCGUAUUAUAGAGGCGCUAUGGGCUUCAUCCUCAUGUAUGAUAUCACGAAUGAAGAAUCAUUCAAUAGCGUUCAAGAUUGGGUAACACAAAUUAAAACCUACUCGUGGGAUAACGCACAAGUAAUAUUGGUUGGCAACAAAUGCGAUAUGGAAGAUGAGCGAGUAAUAUCCUUCGAGAGAGGAAAGCAGCUAGCUGAGCAAUUAGGAGUAGAGUUUUUCGAAACAUCUGCGAAAGAAAAUAUAAAUGUUAAAGCUGUCUUUGAGAGACUAGUGGAUAUAAUCUGUGACAAAAUGUCCGAGAGUUUAGACACGGAUCCAAGUCUGGUGAGUGGCGCCAAGGGAACGCGACUGACGGAGCAGCCUCAAGGACCUCACAAUCCCAACUGCAACUGCUAAUCCUCGAGCUUCCGACCGCCAUCGUGAACGGCCCGCCACCAGUUUACAAAGCGAAUUCCUUCGGCGAGAACUUUGAACAAAACGACAGCCCCCUUUGCCCUCUGCCCCAUCCGCGAGAUGAUUGUUGAAAUUGAUAGACAAAGCUAUAGACGAAGAAUACAAAAAAGAUAUGGAGGGAUCGUAUUGGUAGCGGGUGGUUGCUAUGGACAAAGGAGGUAGGUAAUAAACUAACGGCAUCUCACAAGAGACACUUUACUUAGUCCAUCAGGUGAUCCAUCAAGGGAGAAAGUUCUUCCUUAGUCUAUAGGAACCACCCAUUUCAACCAAUGAGUUCGCUCCACUCCCUAUGUCCUCUUUGUCUGUCUCUCUGUCUAUAAGUUUCAACAAUCAGGCCGCAGUUUUGUCGGGAAAUCAGCACCGAGGCUCUAAACGAAGUAUGGAACGCUCAAGAAUACCUUUUUGACAUUGAUUGGAGGUAUUUGACCAGAAUUAUUCUGACUGCAUUUUAUGUUGACUUAAUUUCUCAUUUCUGCUCGAGAAAUAUAGGAGCUGUAGUCAACACUCACAAAAAAAAAAAACCUCAGAAUUGUUCUUUAGACACUUGAAAGUUCAAGGCAGAAUGUUGCUUCGUAUUCCUAGUUAAAAUAGUGAAAUGUGGGAAUAAAUCAGGCAAGGUAUAUUGUAGCCAGGCUGAUUCUGGUAAAAGAUAUCCGAUUUAAUUGAAAUAAAGGAUUUUUCAGUGAUAGGCUCACUCGUGUAGUGUUGAUACCUUUCUUUGAUUCAAUUUCUUUUUCUUUCAAUAUAAACCUUGCGAUUAGAAAGUGAAGAAAUUGUUCCUUCCAACAACAUGUUUUUUUCUUUCAUAAAAUGUAGUCAUAUUAAUUUUACUACAACUUGUGAAGAAACGCGAUGGAAGAAAAAAUAUUUUAAUCAAAAGACAGGCAUCAGAAGCAACACGUUUCAUCUGCGGUAAGAAACUAAUUCAGGGCUUAUAGUCGUAGAUACAUUUUCUGCGUGUAAUAAUGAAGAAGUGAAGUCGUGAAAUGAACAAUCGAAAGGCUGAGCGUUUUGAAAUAACGUUUUUGUGCUACUACAGGGAUUAGUCUAGUACGAGGUUAUUGGCAUUUUUCUCGGAGGAAUUUCAAUUAAUAUAGAAAUUUCAUAUCAUUAAAGUUAUAACUUUUCUUUUUUGGGGUCUUAUCAAUAUGUUUUUCUUCUUUGGUUGCAAUGAUGACGAUGUCAGUAUUCCAAGUACAAUUAUUCCUGGUCAUUUUGUAAUCUAAAUUUUCUUCGAGGUGAAUAUAUUUUUCCUUUGAUGAGAUAUUACCACAGCAAAGUCUUUAGAAUAAAUACUGAAAUUUCAUUAAACAAAAGUACAGAGUCUGAGUUUCUGGUGUAUUUCAAGAAGUAUUUUUAAACUCAUACAAUUUGUGACAUCAUUUUUCAGUAUAUAUUGGUAACUUUUUAUGCAAUGUCCAUCGACACCAGUAUAAGCUUGCAUAUCUUCAUGAAAGUAGCAAAGGACUAUGCCUAAAGUCUAUCCAAUGCGAAAAUGGAGUAAUUACCUCUACAACUUAUACUCCUGUCUUAAAAUAAAACUGUUCAAUUUACUUGAGACUAUCCCGAAUAUUUUGAGGUUGUUAUUUCUCAAAAAUGCUUCAACUGGUGCGAAAUUUGACACCGAAAAAAGAAGAAAAUAAAGCUCACACAUAAACACAGACAUGAACAUUCACUAUGUUUGAUACGAGACGCGAUUGUGCUUGGAAUAUCUGCUUAGUCACACAUUUUACCUUUGUUUAUCUCCAAUUGUAUUUCAUAUAGGUCUGUGGCCUCGGAUGGAUAAACUUUUUAAACGUACAAAACUUCUAGUUGAAAUUUGUUGAAAUUUGCAUAGAUAGGAAAUAUUCUCGCAGGAUUAAAAUCCAUAGUUAAUGGAUAGUAUUUCUGUACAAAGGACUAAUAUUAUGAAGUUUAUUAAAAGAGAAAAAAAAGAGAAAAAAAAUUUAAUCUGGCGUGGAAAAUGGGUGUAUUUGAACUGCUUUUUUGACUUUCAUGCAUUCGGAGAAUUAAAACAUUUGUGGAGCUUUUGACUGGAAUAGGGGCAGAUGCAGACUUACUAUUAGUAUAACGUAACUACAUCAACCUCUGAGGCAAAAUAUGAAUGUAUUAGACCAGAUGUGAAAAUCAUUGUCUUGUUUAGGUAAGUUUUUUACAACUAUUCUAUGUUUAGCAAGCUUCCUCUGGAGUUUUAGAGGUCUGUUGACAAAAAACAGAGAUUUAUUGCAUUUUCCAGAAUUCAAUAGAUGUCAAGUCACAAUAUGUAGUUCAGUAAAGUGAGAUCCUGGUGGCUGAAAUAGUGCUAAAGAGCCAGUGUAGAUAAUCCUCACUGUUGUAAAUCCGGUAUGUUUCUGAGGUUUUGGAUUUUUUCUUCUUACGAUUACUUCUUGAUGCUUAAGACUUACUGAAAACUUAAUUUUUUAUCUUUUUCGUUGUUUGGUGGCUCAUCAAUCUUAGUGGAUUCAACUUCAAACUUGUAUCUUUUUCUGAAAAUUUGUUCUCGAAUAAUUUCCCCAUUCUUCAUUUCUUGUGCAAAAAUGAGUAGAUAUUCGAUAUUUCUACGACAUAAUUAGUAAACAUUGAGUAUUGUGUGAUGGUGUAAAGUUUUUUUUACUUUAGACUGCUUUUCUUUGCUGGAAAUCUCAUGCUAUGAAAACUUAACCCCCACACGAGGAAAAGUAAAAAAAUAUGCUUACAUAAAUCCUAAAGAAUAUUGAUUUGUUUUUUUUUGGCACAAAUGAGUACAUGAAGAAGCCAAUACUUCAAAUUAUUUGCUAAUUUUUCGGAAAAAAAGAAGAUAUUUACUAUCGCGUAAUCACCGAUCAUUUUUAUUGAGAGUCAUUUUCUAGAUGGAAAUUGGGUGGUAAGGAUAGAUUAAAAUAAAAGAAAAAAAUUCUACUAUGUAUUGUCACUCAAUUCUUCCUGAAUAAAUCGUGUUUGAAAGUCCCAAGUAAAUUAUGUCUUGGUAUUGAUUGCUUUUUUUGUAAAGUGGUAAUAGUUUACUUUUCAAAAUAUAGAAGUUAGUAAUCGAAUGAUAACGUCUCAAAAUCAUUUGCUGUGUGAUGUCAGAGUAGAAUCUGCAAGAGUCAAAAGUAUAUUUAAAAUGUAGAGCUGCACGAAAGCACAUUUUUCCCUUUCUUGACUUGAAUGCUUAUCAACUUCUGACAAUCCGCAAGGUUUUUCAAUUUUAUUUACUUACAUGAACUCUUUUCAAAUGAUAAUGCCAAAGUAAAGCCACGUUUUGUCGACUCAUCCGUGCGUUUUAAAAUAGCAAAAAUUUUACUAUCGUACGUUUAUUUAAUCUCAUUUUUAAAUGAGUACUUUUUUAAUCUUCACCGAAUACGUAAUAAAAACUGACCAAGAAUAAUGCAUUUUUAAAUACUUAAAAAAUCAUUCCUAUAGGCGUAAUAAUAAAAUUUGAAUGCAAACAAGUCACUUUGACGAAUAAUUUUCAUCAUUAAAAUUAGAAAAUUUCUUAAUUUUGAGUGGUUUACUGAUCAUGAUUUAAGGAGAAUGAUGAACAUAGAAUCCGUGAAUUUAAUACUUACAUUUUUACAGUUGUGUGAAGUAUGUUGAGUAGUAUCACGAGAUAGUCAGCCACAAUCUGAAUUGAGAGAUACCUUUUUUCCAAAUAAUUUCCUCUUUUUACUCUCCAACGUAUGUGGUUUAUCAAAGUACUUUAUUGUUUUUUCAGUGGUUUCAGAAAUACUGCCAAUAACGGUGCUGUUUCUAUUCCUCGUGAUAGAUGUAAUUUUAUUCGAAGGAAAAUACUUUGCCCGCUUUGUCUUCUUUUUCUAAAUUAUAUUCAGUGCGCUUUAUUGCUUGAAUUAUGACUCAAACCUAACAAAUUGAAAUUUUUUAACUAAAUAAUAUGCUUGCAGUUUUUAACUAGAAUAACAAAGCUUUUGCAUAAGGAUGAAACAAUGGAAUUUUGAGUAUAUUCUCGUUUUUUAAGUAUCACAAUGAUACCGGAAUUUUAACACAAAAUGACCAUUUGAGUGCCUCUGAAUAAAAUUUUGCUAGCCUCACCGAUUCCCUAAUUUUCCUAAACUGAUGGAUGAAAGCACUCUUCCACAUUGCUAUUUUGGGAGUGAUAGAACAUGAAUAAAUCAGAUGACCGUUAUCUAGUUUGAAUAAUAAUUAUGUUCGCGAUUUUAUUUUUGUACUCAAUUAAUUCGGAAUUUGAUCUCAACCCCUUAAAAAUAACUUUUGCUACUUGCCUGUUACUCUCCAUCUUCUUAUGGUUACCUUUAAUAUUUAACGAUGAGUUACACUUGUAACUCACACCCAGUCUUUAAAUAUGGCACAUCAUAUGAUACAUAGUGACCACAUGUUUGGUAUCCAUGUGUCAUGUCUAGACCAAUCAUUAUUACCAUACCAUUGACUUCAUAAGUGACAUAAUUAACUUGGGUGUACCAUAAACUUUGAAGUACUUUUCAUCUCUUAAAUGUCGUUUGGGACAGAAUUAUGUUUGAGGUUUGACGGCAGAUUUCAACCUGAAGACUAGGUGACUCGUUGGAGAACAGAUUCAAAUUCUUAAAAAAACAAAUUCAGGACCAUUAGAGUUUUUCGAUUCAAUUUCAAUUAAUCAAUAUUCAUUUAACUCAUAUUUCUAAGAGUAUGAAAAAAUGAACUGCAUCCAUGUUGACUUACUUUUCUGCGUGAUUUUACAGAUAUAUCAUAGCAUCCUGAAUAAUUUGAAAUUCUAACCAGAUUUCCGGACCCUUUUAAAAUUCAGCAAAAUGGAAAUUAGGAUAUUUAUGUAUGAUUUGUCUAAUUUCCUCUGCACACGUCAAAUCUCAGGGAAAAAAGAGUCCUAAUUUGAUUAAUUUGGCUUGGAUCCAUGUAUUAAAUCUGUCAACGACUUCAGCCAGGGAAGAAUGAUAAAAUUAUUAAAAUCGACGCUUUAAAGUGUCCAUUGAUAUCUUAAAAUGCAACGUUUAGGAUAAAUCGUUCAUUCUUAACAGACACUGGAAUCUUUCAUAAAAAUAUAAGACACUCCCAGUGUGCGACAUGCAAAAUACUACUUGUUUUUUAUGUUUCGUUUCUCUGAUGAUCUGCCCCUGAACUGCCCAUGAACCAAUGGCUUUCCCAUUCAUCGGCGAUCUAAUUUCUCGUGAAAAAUGUUGGAUACGUAAAAAAAUAAACUACAUCUAUUUUCAAAAGAAAGGUUUAUAACUAAAAUCAAAGGUCUCAUUACUUUAAACAAUAAUCCUAUGAGUAGGUAAAGUUUUUGUUGUGAUAGCGUAGAGAUAAGUUCAUGUUGUCUAAGUAUAGGAAUCAGUACUAAACCAUUAAAUGGAGUUUCUGCUUUGACCGAAGAAAGCACAUUCCAUGAAAGUACGACUUGUUUUCAUCUUUAAAAUGAUUAAGCCAAUUGGAUUUAUAUCAUUUGUUUUUUUCUUUCUUCAAACGAUAAAUCGAAGCACAGAGACAUUCAUUCAACAAUAUUUUCUCAUUAGUUCAAUUUACUCGUAAUUAAACUUUUGUUAGAAAUUUCUAUACCUCUUCUCUCAUUUAUUUUUUUUUUUUUUUUUUUUUUUUUUUUUUUUUUUUUUAAAUCGAUUGAAUUUCAACAUUCGUCACUUGACAGAUUUCUAAUCACCAAAAUGUUGCGGGAAAAACUAGAAAGAUAAUAUGAGAACAUCUUCAAAAAGAUAGUCUAGGUUGACAGUAAAAUACAUCACAGGUUUUGCUCCUUUUCUUAGUGCUUUUCCCAAUACUUAUCAGAGUAAUGUAACCAAUCUGCACGAGUCCUUAUGUAAAUAAUUUCAUGUGAUUGAUUGUCGAAUGAAGAAAAUGCAAAGUGGUUUGCCGCUAAUUUUACUUUUUUAAAAUAUACAGAUAAACUCAUCUGCUGCUCAGUUGCUUGAAAUUGUGCAUCAUGGACUUUGUUUUUCAUUUAUGAAUGAUUUUUUCAUAUGUAAUUAUUAUGUUAAGUAUCAACAAUCGGUGUUUCAGAGACAAGGUGAAUAAUGAAUUCUGUCUACUGCCAAUUCGUAUUUCUUUCUGGUUAUUUUAAUUUUAUUUUAUCCCCCAAAUAUGUUGGUUGAACUUGACGAGUUACUCUAGUUUGCGAUAAAUCUCAACCUGUGUCCGAAUCACAAAAGGGUCAUAAAUUUUAACUUUGCAUGAGUACCUUUGUUAAAAUCAAACGCUCAAAUAAACAACCUAUCGCUUCGAAUUGAUAAAUUACUAAAAUUUAUUUAUGCAAGUACCUACUACGAGAAGCUUAAUUGGUACAUAUUAUCCCAAUGACCGAAAUUUACCGCGAUUCUUCGUAAUAUUCUUAUGAUUACUGUCUUUCUGUUAUUCAUAUUUAUAAACCUCAAAUAUGAAACUAUAAUUCACAUUGAUCUCGUGAAAAAUAUCAAGUAGUUCAGAUUUAUGAUGUUGAUAGUUUAUUUUUUGGUGUAUUUGUUUGAUUUUAUCAGCAAAAAAGUUAUACAAUUGCACGUUGAAAGAUGAAAUAAAUAAAACAAAAACACGCCCUUGUUCAUAGACCAAAGUUGUCUAUUUUUGGGGAUAUUUUCUUACUUCCCAGGAACGCGGUGUGUGUGUUAAAAUAGAUGUUAUUUGUUAUAUCUCCUUUUUGUUGUCAUUUUAUUUUUUUAUUUACUUAUUUAUUUCAUUUCUUAAAAAUUCUUUCACAAAACUUUUAAAAAUGACCUUCCUUCACUCAUUAGUUUUAAAGUUAUUGUGUCGGGGCUCAUACAUUUCCCUUAUUUCGGUUUUCAAAUGUAGGUAUAUUAUGAUGUUUGUUAACUCUCUGCCCCAUCCAUUAACGUGACAUCAAGCACAUCAUGAAAAAAAUCAUCUUUUAAAUUUGCGAGUCGAUAGGAAAACUAUGUUUGUCAAACGUAACUGCUACCGCAACUCUAUUUCGUUCAACUAUUACCACUUGUUAAACGAUAUACGAUUGUUUCGUCUUUUUAUUGUUGGACAAUAGACUAUAAUUACGGAAAUAAUAUUUUCUAACACAAACUGACUUUAUUACGUACAGUACUCUGUCUUUUACAAAGCAUGUAUUAAAAAAAUCUUAUAAAAUGUAUAUUGCUUGUCAUGUCUAUUUGUUGAAAUUGUAUAGGACUGUAAAUAAUAUAUAUGUUAUUAUUAGAUACAAACCCAGUAAAUGUCAUAAAAAACAAAUAAAAUUCUAAAAACAAAAAAAAUGAAGUCUCUUUUUGCGGAAAUAUGUGCCCAGCGAACGGUCAUAUUUAAUUGCUCUCAUUUUUUACUCGUCACGUACUUCACGUAAGUACGUCACGAACAGGAACGUACCAUCUAUUAAUUUAUUUUUUGCUAUUUAGGAGGAGAUACUCUUAUUGGCAUGAAGUAAAUAACUAAACAGUUUCAGUUCAGAAACAUUUGGUAAAUGAAUACCAACGAUCUUGAAUGAAAAUGAUUCACCCUUUGGAAGCGUAUAUAAGUGUCUGUUUCUGAGUUGGUUGGAAAGCGCGCACUCGUGCACUGAGAAAAUAAAAACUAUCGUUAAAACUACCAUAUUGCUGGUGUUUCACAAGGACAUCUAAUUAAUAUUUGUGGCACUACGUACAAAAUUGUAAAAAAAAAAAAAAAAAAAAAAAAAAAAAAA